AUGCUUGUCUUAUAUCAUCGUCGUAUACUUAAAGAUGAUCAAAGUAUGAGUGUUCUUAGUCGGCAAAGAUACUGGGCUGAAAAGCUGGUUGACCAUCUUUUCCGUUAUCAAUCUCCGCAAACAAGUUGCCCUGAGAUAUCACAUUUAGUGAUUCGUAAUCAUCUUAGUAAAAUAUAUGAUGGUUUCAUUGAUCUCGCUCAUAAAGUAUGGUUGCGAAAUAAGUUCAAAGAUGGCAAAAAAGUUAGAGGAGUGUUUGCAAAUGGCAGAAACUUUGGAGUUAUGUUAAAAAGCAUGUUCGUAUUUCAAAAGUUGCAUGAUAGAUGGAGUAUCAAUAAAUUUUAUUGGGAUGUAAAGGGACUCCGUUGUGAAAUUAAAGACUCCUUUGACCACAAUUCAUCCUAUGACCCAUUAAUUGGCUUCGAAUAUGAUCAGACAUGUCGUUAUGGUGUUUAUGAUAUUUCAGUCGGACUGCAUCUUUCUUCGUUUUUCCACUGUCUUAAUUCCAAUAUGGUAAUAGAUGCAAUUAGUCAUGCAGUGAUAUUUAUUCGCUAUUCCUUAGACCACAUCCAUCAAGUUUACCUAAUGAAUACACCUGGAUCACUUGAUGAUCUUACAUCUCUUAUUGAAUUCAUGACUUCACUAAUUUUCGCAACUAAUUCUAUUGAUUUAUCUGAGCAGCUUCUCAAUAAGUUGGAUUUUACUAAAAAUACUAAAAAUUAUCAUUCACCAAUCAUUCUUCGCUUAUUACGACUGUUAGUCCUUAUUGGUUGGAAUGAAUAUAUUUUCACAUUAAGGAUUGGGAAAAUUUUUGAAAGUUUGAAUCAUCAUAUUUCUGCCUACUCAGAAAAGGUCUAUGAAGAAAAGGUUUCUGAAAAGAUCAAGAGAUAUUUGAAAGAGCGCA